AUGGUAUCCAUGUCUUCCGAGUGCCACACUUACACAGCAUUCAAUGAGAGUCCAGAGUCUAUACAGAGAGAGUCUGCUACUGUUUCCAGGCAGCAAACAGUCGAGUAUGACAGCGAGACAAAACUCGAGAGCGAGAGCGAGGUCGAGGUCAAGGAAUCGACUAGCAGAGAGCGUCGCCUCCUGUUGACAUCAGCGGCCAAGCGAGGAAGCCUUGUUACUCGAGGAGCCCAGCGGAGACAAGGACACAGUAAUGCCAGGGAGCGUCAGGUAGACUCUCUUCUGUCUGCUCUGGAGUGUAAAGCUGUUGGUGCUGGUGGAGUUGUUGUUGUUGAAGGUCGAGGGAGAAAGUCGAAGGGCGAGAAGGCGGAAGAUAAGAAGAAGAAAGAGAGUUUCCCUCGCGUGUUAUUCGGUUUUGGCGGUUGCCUGAUGGGAAAAGUGGGUCCUUCCUUCCUCAAACUCUCUUUCGGCGUCUCGGCGCUGCGGCUCCGGGAAGGUUGCUUAGAAGAAGGAAAAGGGCGAAGACGAGGGAAGAGAGAUGGCAGAUUGCUGUGUUGGCGAGUGAAGGACGCUGCCCGUGGAGAUGAGGAGGAUGGCGGUUGGCAGCUGUGUCGAACGGUGGAGAACCAACUCGUUAUCUCCGCCAACUCGAAGAGGCCAGUUCUCUCCUUCGCUGCUUCAUGUUGCAAAAGAACUUGCAUCCUUCGCCAGUUUCUUGAGGUCUCGUUGGCCCGGGAAACCAGCUGCGCUUCCCCCUUCGGCCAACCAACGUCUCGCUCGUCCGUGGGCGGGAUGCACUUUGAGACAGCACCUGGGCGGCAGUCACUGCGUAACCCUUGUCAGGGGGUCGGACAGUUGUAA